UGGCGGAGCGCGGCAGCUGAGGCGGCGCGGGGCGGCAUGGAGGCGGAUUUCGCCGCCUUCGGGAGCCCGCUGUGCGGCGAGGUCAAGCGCUUCUGCAGGCGGGUGCGGGAGACCUACCGGGAGAUCCAGGAGGACCUCACCCCCUACAAGGAUGACCGCUGUUACCGGUUGGCACCGAUGCGAUUAUAUACACUCUCCAAACGGCAUUUCGUUCUGGUCUUUGUAGUAUUCUUUGUUUGUUUUGGUCUGACAGUCUUCAUAGGAAUAGCAGGUCCCAAUGUAAUUGAAACUUCUGUAGCAAGAACUGACUUGAAUAACAGCCUAAAGCUGAAGCCAUUUAAUCUAAGUUCACCACCACUCUCAACUUACAAUCAGCAGCUGUGGCUGACCUGUGUGGUCGAGUUGGAUCAGCAUGAUGUAUCCCUCAAAAAGAAUGUUACUAUGACAGUCAAAGUACUUGGAGUGGUGAAGGAUGGAAGCACCCCAUAUGUUAAUAAUCAGGUUCACAAUCGGACAAGAUUACUCAGUUGUGCACAAAAAUGCAGUGAAAUCAUUGUUGCUCACCUUGGCUACCUGAACUACACUCAGUACAACAUAUUUGUUAGCUUUGAAGAUCGAAACAAGCUAACAGACAUUCAGAAUAUUACUUUCACAUGGAAGACCUACAAUCCAGCUUUUUCACAAGUGGAAAUAUGGUUCCGAUUUGUCUUUGUAGUUCUUACUUUUAUGGUCACGUGUCUGUUUGCACAUUCCCUGCGGAAAUUCUCCAUGAGAGACUGGGGUAUUGAACAGAAAUGGAUGUCCACCCUCCUUCCCCUGCUGCUACUUUACAAUGAUCCAUUUUUCCCCCUUUCUUUUCUGGUGAAUAGCUGGUUUCCUGGAAUGCUGGAUGAUCUAUUCCAGUCUCUGUUUCUGUGUGCACUCUUGUUGUUCUGGCUUUGUGUCUACCAUGGUAUAAGAGUACAGGGGGAAAGGAAGUGCUUAACUUUCUAUCUGCCCAAAUUCUUUAUUGUUGGACUAUUGUGGCUGGCCUCUGUUACACUGGGAAUAUGGCAAACUGUUAAUGAAGUACAUGAUCCUACAUAUCAAUACAGGGUUGACACAGGCAAUUUCCAGGGAAUGAAAAUCUUCUUCCUUGUGGUGGCAACAACAUACAUUCUCUACCUUUUGUUCCUGAUAGUGAGGGCAUGCUCAGAACUUCGUAACAUGCCUUAUGUUGAUCUCAGGUUAAAAUUCUUGACUGCGUUAACAUUUGUAGUGCUUGUCAUUAGCAUUGUUAUACUCUACCUGCGCUUUGGAGCACAAGUUCUACAGGACAACUUUGUUGCUGAGCUGUCGACUCAUUAUCAGAAUUCAGCAGAAUUCUUAUCAUUUUAUGGUUUAUUGAACUUUUAUCUCUACACAUUAGCCUUCGUGUAUUCCCCUUCAAAGAAUGCACUAUAUGAAUCACAGUUGAAAGACAAUCCUGCUUUUUCUAUGCUGAAUGAUUCAGAUGAUGAUGUGAUUUAUGGGAGUGACUAUGAAGAAAUGCCUCUUCAGAAUGGCCAAACUAUUCGAGCCAAGUAUAAAGAGGAAUCGGACAGUGAUUGACUUUGAUGUAGACAGACUCGUUCAGCUGGAAUUAAACCAAUUUUGAAGUUUUCCUACAUGGACAACUUCCUUGGCUUCCUUAUAGUCUGCUGUCAUCUGAACACCGACUCCCAGGAAAGACAUCCUACUUCUGUUCUGUUUACAAAGCUAAAACUGAAAAAUAGAAUGCUUGAAAAGCUUGCAGUGAGAUCUUCAGAAACCAAUAUGUUUACCAGUCUUAUAAAAUGCCUGAUAGCACGAUGUCUGUGGAUGAAAAUCUUUAAGUCUUAUUUCCACUUGAAAGUGUCACUGAUUAUAUACUGAUUUGAAGAUUGCUUCCUUGAUCCUUGUUUGUUUUGGUUUUGGUUGUUUUUUUUUGUUUUUUUUGUUUUUUUUGAGGAUUAUGUACAGCACACUGGCAUUCCUCUGUUCCAUUUGUGUUGACUCCUUUGUAUGUUGUCUACUGCUGUACAAAGUGCCCCAUUUCCCUUUCAAUUUCCGACCUUAGUCUUUUGAGCUGGAGGCAGGGAAUGAAGUGGUUUAGAGUUUUCUUUUUUUUUUAAUGCAAGAAAACAAGCUUGCCAUUCUUCAUAUGAAGAAGUGAUACAGACUUAAGACCAUUUUUAAUAUUAAUUUAAAUGAGUUUACCAGAUUUGUAGAUGUGCUAAUAGUCAAGAUCUAGUGAGCCAAAAUAGCUUCAGUGCAGCAAAAUUAUUUGUAUGAUAUGUUUCUCAUAACCUGCUUUACUAACAGAAGUGUUUGGUUUGUUUUGUUAUUUUAAACAGCCCUUUCAAAUGGUAAGGUUUAGGCAGCAACAACUCUGAGAAGGAAGCAAGUACUCUUCUUUUUGGGGUUUUUGUAUGCUGGAGGAGAUUGUUACACUUACAGAGAAUACAGUAUGAAAGUUUUAUAGAGAAUUUCAAAUUUCCAAGCAUUUCAUUUUUAGAGGCUUUUUCUACAUCAGAAUUUUUCCUUAAAUUUUAUUAAUAGAUAGUUAGUCUACAUCCUAGAAAUGACCAUGGUUGCUCAUGCAUUGAAUGUGCAUGAGAGCAAGCCUUUGAGCAUGUUCUGUGCAUAGUUCAGCUUCUCUCAUACCACUGUCACCACCUCUACUGAUCAAAACUUUUACUAGUGCAGUUUGUGAUUAUCUGUAUUCCAGUCUCUGCCGGAACAGAGUUAUAUGGGAAUGAAGUAGUCCUACUACAAUGCUGCUGCUUCUGUAUUUAAAAGUUGUUUUUCUUCUA